AUGGCGACGGAAAGUGACAGGAAGCGUAGAGUAGGAACCAAAGCUCAUCGUGGAAGCAUCGAUUUGUAUCAAUUGGCAGUGAAUUUAAUUGGUUGGAGUUUCGGAUUUUUUCAUCGGUGGCAUGUCUCCACGCUCUUCGAAAAUGAUCGGCAUUUCUCGCAUCUGUCUGAAAUCGAGAGGGAAAUGUCUUUUCGUACGGAAAUGGGAAUGUAUUACUCGUACUAUAAGAUAAUCGCAGAGUCAAAAACAUUCAUGGAGGGUUUAAACAAAAUCAGCAACGAUAACAUUUCAGAGUAUGGAAAUAUUAUUGAUGCUACCCAAAAGUACAGGUUACUGCCAGAGUUGGUAGCUGGGUGGCUUUACCAUUAUGCUAAAAGUCUAGGAAUCAUAUCAAUAGACCAGUGUUGGCAAAUAGAAAGAGGAGAUGGUAUGCCACCGGUGAUAAGUUGCGAAGGCCUAGGUGUUCCUAUUUAUUUUUAUUUAGAGAUCGUGUGGUUAUCUACUAUAUUCACGGUAGCCAUACUGUUUUACUACUCCGUGUACCUGAGUAACAGUGUAAGCAGCGGUAUCGUCACGGUGCUACUGUUCUUUUACAAUCACAAUGAGUGCACGCGUGUCCAGUGGACACCGCCGUUGCGCGAGACUUUUGCAUACCCUUUCAUACUGUGCCAGAUGUACAUACUGACUAUAAUUCUUCGAGAGGGUACGCAACAAAACUUGAACAAAGUAUCGAAGGAAUUGUGCCUGACGAUGGGUAUAUCGACGGCGAUCAGUUUGCGUUGUUGGCAAUUUUCCCAUUUUAUUUUUGCCACGCAAAUCAUCGCGUUACUAAUACUCAAAUGGAUGAGAAUAAUCUCGAACGAUCUCUUUAAAUGCAUUUGCGGAAUUCACGUUUGGCCCAUGAUAAUAUUAAUCGUCGUGAUGGACGAUACGUCUUUACUUUCCUCUUUGUACUUCUGCCUUCUGUUAACCAGUACGGUUUCAAGCCUUUUGCACAAACAAUCGUCGCGUAUGGGUGCAAAACUGCAAACGAGUCUCGAAAUUGUUUUCGUGAUCGUAUGCACAAAAUUAUUAAAGUCUUGCAAGUUCAUGUCCGAACACGACGAGCAUGUCUUCAACAUACUGAAAGCAAAAUUGACCGAUUACAAGGACUUUCACACUAUGCUGUACACGUGUUCGGCCGAGUUCGAUUUCUUGCAAUACAGAAGCUACGAGGCGAUCAUAAAGACUUUGCUUUUGUCGUCCGCGAUACUCGCCGGCAUGUUGGCGCUUUAUUUUUGGUACAGAAAUUACAUAGUUAAAGGCUACCCUAAGUGCAUAGAAGCAGAUCUAGCCUACAAUGGCCUACAGACUGGUGCUUUCAUUAUUAUGGCGGUUUUCAUUAUGAGGCUAAAACUGUUCAUGAAUCCCCAUCUCUGUAUAAUAGCUGGCACAGUUUGCUCGAACAGGUACUUAGAGAAACUUGGCUUGAAGAAUAACAUGAAGAAGACAGCUGUUAUACUUUUACUGAUAUCCGCCAUGUCCUAUCACGGUUUAGAGAAUCUCAGGGAAGAACGUAGUAUCAUAGGCGAGUACAGCAAUAUCGAACAGGAGGAGCUGUUCUAUUGGAUAAAGAACAACACUCCUGAACACGCGGUGUUCGCCGGAAAGAUGUCUUUGAUGGCGAAUUUAAUGCUCUCCGCAGGAAGACCCGUUGUUAACAAUCCUUACUACGAGAGCAGAGAAAUGAGAGAUCGAACGAUGAAAGUGUACGAGAUCUUCAGUAGAAAAGAUGUCGCGUCCGUGUACUUCACUCUGAAGAACAUGAGCGUCGAUUACGUUGUGCUGGAAGAGCCGCUAUGUUUUGGCUUCGCGAACGUACCGAUCGGGUGUCAGAUGGUCGAUCUGUGGGACGUUGUGGACAAUGGGACCGCGAAGGCCGCAGGGAAACCACCCCUCUGCCCAGUACUUUUUCAAGGGAACGCCUACCCUUUUAAAAGAGCUUUCGUGAACAAUCGAUACGUCGUUCUGCAGCUCAACUAUUCUUAUCACGUUGAAAUGAAACCAAAGAUCCCCGCGAAUAACGUUUAUUCGCGCGCAUUGUGA